GUCAGCUAAAGAUUGUUCGACUGAAACCGACUGCUGACUGAAUUUGAGCCAAACACUGAACUGAGGGAUGAAUAUUAGAGCAGAAACGUGUGAAUGUUCAAUAAGACGUUCCUCUGCUUCUCAGCGCGCUCCUCCGCCUCCUCCACCACCACCAUGGUCAUCGACGGCAGUAACGCCGCCGCCGCCGCUCGAGGACCCAAAAAGACGUUCUCGGACGACCUCCACUCGACCUUCAGCUCCCCGCUGGCCUGGAUCCUGGUUCUGGCUCUGAUCAUCACGUGGUCUUGUGUCUUUGUCAUCAUGUUUGACCUGGUUGACUACAAGACCGUCUCAGGUCGCCCCCCCCCUCUCCCCAGGAAGGUUUUAAAGGACUCAGGCCGUAGAGGAGGCCUCAGCAGGAUCGGCUCGGACCCCCUGAAGGCGGUCAACGACGCCGUGGAGGAGUCCACCAACGCCAUCGGCGCCGUGUUGAAGUUCGUGGCCGGCCUGGUCGCUCCGGAAGAUGAAGAAGGGAAUCUCUACGCCGUGAGGAAAAAAGGAGAAUUUCUACCUUCCUAAUUAAAGGUA